UUCAGUUUACUCCACUUGGUUGUAGGCAUCGGUUCGUUUUUACGUUGCGUUGGAGCAUGAGGUAAGGGAAAAGGUGCCGAAACAAGUGAGAAGAACAAUCGAAUAAUGCCCAUACCGAUCGCCUAUCUCACCAGAAAAGAGUCGAUUUCUUCCUGCCACAGACUCCACAGUACACAACUUAGCGAUGAGGAUAACAAAAUCAUUUACGGAAAGUGCAAUAAUUUUUGGGGCCACGGGCACAACUAUACUGUUGAAGUAACAGUUCGAGGUCCCGUCGAUCCAAAAACAGGAAUGGUCAUGAAUAUUUCGGACUUGAAGGUUUACAUGAAGAAAGUUCUCAUGGACCAGCUCGACCACAAAAACUUGGACAAAGAUGUUCCGUAUUUUAAAAAUGUUGUAUCCACUACAGAAAAUGUUGCCAUAUAUAUUUUCGACGAAAUUAAAAAACUGCUGCCAAAACCUGAAUUACUGUAUGAAAUCAAGAUUUAUGAAACGGAUAAUAACAUCGUCAUUUACAAAGGAGAGAAACAAUAAUUUUUUAAGUAUGAUCAUUUAAAAAAAACUUGUUCUUUUUUUUUUUUUUAUUUUACAAAACUCUUAACCGAUUAAUCAAAAUAACUAUAGCGAUAAGAAUUUAUAGUAUAAUAUAGAGUAAAACUUUGUGUCUAAAAGUUUUUCGAAAUAUUUAUGGAGACUUGCGUCACAUUAAAAAAUUACUA